UCUCUCUUUUAUUUCCGGGUUAAAGGUUACCAACGUGGCUCCCGAUGUUUUGAAACGUGCUUCGUUUGGCUGAACAUAGUUCGAGCCGUGAAACUCGUGUUCAAUGGGGGAGUUCGUGGUGCACCGGGUCCGCUUCUUUGACUACAUGCCCAGCGCCAUCCGGGCCAUGGCGUUCAAUGGCAGCAUGCAGCGGCUGGCUGUGGCUCGGGGUGACGGCGCGGUGGAGAUCUUCAACUUUGCUGACAACUACUUUCAAGAGAAGGUGAUCCCUGGGCGGAGCGACAGAGCCAUCGAGGCUCUCUGUUGGGUCAGGGGGCGUCUGUUCAGUGCUGGUCUGAGUGGAGAGAUAAUAGAGUAUGACCUGGAGAAGCUGAGGCCGCGGUACAGCGUGGAGGCUUAUGGAGGACCCAUCUGGACCAUCAGCUGCAACAGCCAGGAAACCCUGCUGGGGGUGGGCUGCGAGGACGGAACCGUGAAGAUGUUUGAAAUCCUAGAGGAAGGGAUUCAGUUCCAGAGAAACCUCGACAGACAGAAAGGUCGAAUCAUAUCCCUGUCCUGGCAUCCGUCUGGAGCACAGAUUGCUGCUGGAAUGAUCGACAUGAUCAGAAUCUUUGAUGCAGAGACGGGUCACGCCACGCAUCGGCUCCUGGUGGAGCGAGGGUUGGGGACGACGCGGAACACCGAGGUGGUGGUUUGGAGUGUGGCCUUCCUGUCCAAUGACACCGUCAUCAGCGGCGACUCUGCUGGAAAAGUCCAGAUCUGGGAUGCGGUGACAGGAACUCUGAUCAGGAGCCACCUGAUCACCAAGUGGGACGUCCUGGGUCUGUCUGUGUCGCAGGAUGAGAGCAGCGUGAUCGCUGGGACAUCCGAAGGCACCGUGGUCCAGUUCCAGGCUCUGGCUUCCACGAUGGGCCAGGAGAACAAUCAGUGGGUCAGAACCAGAACUUUCAAGAACCACACCCACGAUGUACGGGCGCUGGUUCACACGGACACUGCCGUGGUUUCUGGAGGUAUGGACACCCAGCUGGUGGUGCGACCUUUGCUGGAUAAGGUGGAGAAAAACACCAAGGAGUCUGCGCUGCGUAAAAUCUUGUUCCCGCACAAAAGUCUGGUUUGUUGUGCCAAGAAAGCCGGACUCCUGCUGUUCCAGUUCCCGGAUCACCUGGAGCUGUGGAGGCUGGGGGAGAGCAGCGCAAAGGGACAGGCUGGAGAUCGUCUGCCUGUGAUGAAGAAUCCAGAGAAGCUGCUUCAGCUCCAGAACAAGGGAGAGGAUCACAUCUGCUGCAGCGCCGUGUCUCCAUGUGGGAGCUGGGUGGCCUUCUCCACCGUCUCCAGCGUUCGUCUGUACAAACUGCAGCUCAGCAACGGGAACAUCAGCAUCAAGAAGGUGUCCAAACUGCCAAAGGAGCUACACUCUGUCCACCAGCUCUGCUUCUCCUCUGACUCAUCCAGACUCUUUGCCUCAUCGGCUCAGGCCUCCGUCGUUGUCGCUUCGCUGGACCAGCUGCAGUGCAAACACCUUCACACGCUCAAACCAAAGUCUGGCUCGUCUCAGCCCAUCCACCUGCUCUCUGCCAGCGAGAACGGGAAUUGGCUCGCCGCUGCACACACGGACGGCCAGAUUCACGUCUUCAACCUCCACAAACUCAAACUCCACUGUACGCUCCCGGUCUACAGCUCCUGCCCCACCGCCAUCGCCAUCCACCCGACGACCGGUCACCUCCUGUCGGCGCACGCCGACCAGCAGAUCUUUGAGUUCUCCCUGAAGCUGAAGGAGUACACAGCGUGGAGCCGCAGCCUGCAGAGGGAGGGGCUGCAUCCUCUGUGGCUGCAGAGGGACACGCCCAUCACACACAUCGCCUUCAACCGCAACAAGCCGGCGCACGUCUUCCUGCACGACGCGUUCAUGUUCUGCAUCAUCGAUCAGAGUCUGCCGCUGCCACAGGCGAGGAAGAAGCUCUACAACCAGAUGGAUCUGAAGACUAUUUCUCCACAAAAGAGGAUCCAAGAGAGCCACGCCUUCAAAAUCUGCAAGAUGUUCCAGCACCUCCUGAGCGUAGACCUGCUGGACGACAGCUCUCUGGUGGUGGUGGAGCGCCCCCUGGCGGACAUCGUGUCUCAGCUGCCCCCGCCUGUACGGCAGAAGAAGUUUGCUACAUAGACGCCACUGUGAACGGACUGAUGUGUGGAUUUGUCUGCAUUUUAUAUAAAGUAUUAAAACAGGA